GGAUCUCCAACGUGGAAAUGUAUCACCCUUUCUGUGGUGGGAUUUACACCUGCUUUCGGUGUUGUGGUGGCAGUACCUGAGAUGCUUGGAGGAUGGGGACUCCAACCUUGGACGUUUUCCUGGCUGAUGAACUACUGCUUCGCAGCCUGGUUAGCGACUCAAUUCCUCUACAACUUCAUGGCGUGUCAGUGGACUGAUGCUGGCAACUGCAAGACAAUCAAGCCGACGCAAGAGGUGACGGGUCAGUUCCAAAUGGGCGGUGAAGAGAGCGGGCUGGACUUGCUCUAUGCUCCAAAUUGGUGCGCGAAAUGCUCGCACUGGAAGCCUCCAAGGUCGCACCACUGUAGUACGUGCAAUCGGUGUGUUCUCCGCAUGGACCACCACUGUCCCUUCACUGGCAACUGCAUUGGUGCGCGAAACCACGGGCACUUCAUUCUCUUUUAUUUCUUUGCGGUGGUUGGUUUGACCUACUCGCUGGUACUGUCCGUGGGAGCCGCAUACAGUACAGACCAUAUUUCGAAAUGGCACGACUUGAUUAUACCAAAGUUCAAGGAGCACAAUGAUUUGCUAAAGCAGCACUUCAUGACUGGGCUCAUCGGAGUUGCCAUUUCUAUCAUGAUCGAGGUCGCUACAAAGAAAGGCAUCGCCGUGCUGGUUCAGCUGGUGGCUACAACACUGGCCUUCAUUCCAGUCCUGGGCACAGGGUUUCCAGCUUGCCAGAUGGCCUGGGGCAACGUGACCACCAUGGAGAGAAUGUUUCCCAUGAAGGAGUACGUUCAAUUGAAGGACAAGGUCUACUGUCCUUUGGGUCCUGGAUUCUACCGACACAGUGGUCAGGAGAAUCUGAAGACCAUUAUGGGUCCCAGGUGGUGGAUGCGACUGCUUCUGCCACUGCCGGGGAAAGUGGACAUGGAUCACAUGCUGAUGCCUCCGCCCAGUGGAGAAGGCAUUGCGGCCUUGAAAGAACGGAUUCAACAAGUGCAGACCGAUGGCGUCAAGCAAGAGGUCAAGAAUUGUCAGGAGUUGGGAUUUGAUCCUGGCCCUAGGUCAGAUCAAACGGUGUGAGACAGGGGUCGUGUACAAAACGUCCUAACCCCUUCGGUCUUGGUAGGUCGCCUGAUC